AUGAUCGCCGAGGUGGGGUUGAUGGCGGCGUACACGCUGUACGCGAUGAUGACGCUCGAUGGGAAUUGGGUGCUGUUGUUGGUUUUCACGCUGCUCUCGGCGCUCGUGGCGUACACGUGGAGGGACGAGUUGAACUUGGUGGCGUCGAUGAUUUCUGUGUCGACGAUUAGCUUGUCGGAUAACCCGCACCUGGUGACGGUGACGAUCGGUUUGCAGUGUCUCGUGAUGGCGUUCGUGGCGCCGAUGGCGUGGUUCGCCGUCCAGGCGUCGCAGCACGGCUCGGCGAUUAUCAACCAAUACGCCACCGAAUUCAGUAACGACGCGUGCACUGGGUAUUACGGUCAAUCCGUCGAUUGUUGCAAGUGGAACAUCGACAGUUGGGUGGGGCCUUAUUACGCGCUCGUCGUCAUAGCGUGCGUGUGGUUCACGUCGUGCGCGCUCGAAGCGCGCAUGUACGUCAUCGGAGGCGUCGUCUCGCAGUGGUACUUUGCCCCGGCCGGGACAAAGAGUUUCAAGGGCACGACGAGAACGUCCGUGAGUAACGCGUACGGACCGUCGUUUGGGACGAUUGCGUACGGCGGCUUCGUGAUCACCGUCGUCGAAAUAAUUCGAAGCAUGGCGAACAAGUCUCGCCGGGAACGCAACAAUUACGGCAACCCGCUUUGUUGCCUCUUUUACGCGAUGCUGGACUGCAUCUUUGCCGUUAUCGAGUACCUCAGUCGAUUUGCCAUGAUUCAGGCUUCGAUCACCGGCGAAGCGUUUUGCGAUGCCGCGAGGAGCAUCAACGAUCUCCUCAAAAGAAACUUUCUCUUGGCGUACGGCGCGUACGCCUUUCCGAAACAUAUUUUGGGCUUCCUCGUCUUCGUCUUGGCCGCCCUUCUCGGCUACUGCGUCAACAUUUUGAGCAAGCACGUCUUCGCCGCGAACUCCCUCGGCGCGAUCGUCAACGGAAUCGGCUCCUUCUUCAUCGCUUACAUCGUCCUCAGCUUCUUCGUCAUGAUUUUGCUCAACUGCGUCGACGCCGUCUUCGUCUGUUACGCCUUGGACAAGGAUCGCGCCGCGGUGCACCAUCCAGACUUGCACAAAGUCUUCGACGAGGUCACGCGCAAGCAGCGCGCGAUCGAAGAGUCCGAUGCGGAGGGUAUGGAAGAGCCAUUGAUCUCGGGCAAGCCCAAGUACGCGUCCAUGUAG